CGCGCGUGCGCAGCGCGGCCGCACGGUGACUAAGAUGGAGGUCGGGGGAGCGCGGGCGCCGCCGCCGUUCUGGGCCGGGGGUCCCGCCCCAGGGGCAGCGUACAGCCCCGGGGGGGUCGGCAUCGGGAGUGGGGCCGGGCUGCGGCCCUACAGCGGUACCCUGAGCCCCAUGGUGACGGGCACCUCGGUGCUGGGCGUCAAGUUUGAGGGCGGCGUCAUCAUCGCGGCCGAUAUGAUGGGCUCCUAUGGUUCCCUCGCGCGCUUCCGCAACAUCUCCCGGCUGCUGAGGGUCAACGACAGCACCAUGCUGGGCGCCUCCGGCGACUACGCCGACUUCCAGUACCUGACGCAGAUCAUCAACCAGAUGGUAAUUGAUGAGGAACUGCUGGGAGAUGGCCACAGUUACAGUCCCAAAGCCAUCCAUUCCUGGCUGACAAGAGUCAUGUACAACCGGAGGUCCAAGAUCAACCCACUGUGGAACACUGUUGUCAUCGGAGGGUACUACAACGGUGAGAGCUUCCUUGGGUACGUGGACAUGCUCGGUGUGGCCUACGAAGCCCCGACGCUCGCUACGGGGUACGGCGCGUACCUGGCUCAGCCGUUGAUGAGAGAAGUCUUGGAGAAGAAGCCCAGCCUGACCAAGGAGGAAGCCCGCGACUUAAUUGAGCGCUGCAUGAAGAUUUUGUACUACAGAGACGCUCGGUCCUUUAACAGAUAUGAAGUUGCUAUUGCAACAGAGAAGGGAGUUGAGGUGGAGGGACCACUGACCCUGGAGGCCAACUGGGACAUCGCACAUCUCGUCAGUGGCUUCGAGUGAACUCUGCAGAACUGCUUUGUUGCAUCCGUGCUCCUGGGUGAUGUACAUCCGACAACUCCUUUUGAAGGUCCAAUUUCUUUUGGAAAUGAAAUAAACCCGUUAAGACAA